CUUCCGGCCGAUCAGUAGCUCUCGGCUAACCACAUCGCGCACACGCACACACGUAAUCCGUCGCACAGUUGAAUUAAUACUUCGUGGACGCACACGACAUCUUGGAAGACGCAAUUCGAUUCGUUUUUGACCGUCGCUUUACAUUUCACCUACACUCGAGUACAGUACCGUUUUGCAGUGCGCGUGCUUAAUCGAACGCAGCAAAGUGCCAAAUCACUUCAUUUACUGCAAAGAGAUUUUAAUAAUAAGAUUUUAAAAAAUAAUAAUCGCUUUUUUUCGAAAUCAUUUCGGCUGACGCAGACAACACAUAACGAUAUUAUAAUGGCGUCGGUACUGAACAUGAACUACGGCGCGUACUUCGGCGGCGACCGGUACGACGUCGAGCAGUACGACUUGUCGGCCAGCGACACGCUUCGCGCCGUCUACGAGGCGGCCUUCUCCAACGGCGGCGCACCGUCAUCGUCGGCUGUCGCGGCGGUGGCCACGGCAUCAUCGGCUCAGGGUGUCGGCGUCGACGUUUCGGGGUCAAUGAUCGACGUUUCGGCGUCAAUGAUCGGCGUUUCGGCGUCAAUGAUCGGCGGCAUGAGAGGUGGUUCGCCGGCCGGUUCCGCGUGCACAGUCGUCACCACUUCCACGGCGACGGCCUCGUCAUCGUCCUGCGCCGGAGACGAUCCGAAAUCACCGUACGGCGGCUGCGGCGUCGGCGAGACGACCCUCGACUUUGGCGCCUACGACGAAGGACUGGGCGACGACCUCGCGGGCGGCGAAGGCGGCUGCACGGACAAGGUGACGAAGAAACGCCGCUUGGCGGCCAACGCCCGGGAACGGCGGCGCAUGCAGAACCUGAACAAGGCGUUCGACCGGCUCCGCACCGUGCUGCCCACGCUCGGCAACGACCGGCAGCUGUCCAAGUACGAGACCCUUCAGAUGGCCCAGACCUACAUAACGGCCCUGUACGAUCUGCUCCAGUGAUCUGUCCUUUCGAGGAUCUCGACUUCGGGGCCUGCUGUCCAACGAAUAUUUGUUCCACGACGCAUACGGUAUACCUACCUACCUCUGAUAAUAAUAAUAUUAUGUAGGCACGUGGCGAAUUUGAAGUAAUAAUAUUAUAUAUUAUACCGCUGCCUUACAACAUAAUAUUAUUUAUAUCGGGCAUGACGUCAUAUUAUCAUAGUAAUAAGCUAUAAUAUUAUGUUUAAAUAACAAAAUAAUGAUAUAAAUAUUUAUAUUUGAUAUUGGGUAUUGUCCGGUUCCUCGUCGUCAGAGCGCGUAUUUUAUUAUUAUUAUAUUUAUAUAGACUAUAGACUCACCGCCGACUUAAAAAAUUCUACUCAUCCCUCUUUCAACGGAUUAUAAUAUGGUAUUUUACUCGUAUAUUAUUAUUAUAAUAUAGAUAAAGAUGCAGCGUGGUCGAUUUUAUUUAUACUUACCAACUAAUAGUCAGUGGCGGCUUUACAAGGGGGGGGGGGUCGGGUCAAAAUAAUGUAUGUUUAAAGACAGUCGAUACCUGCUUUUUUGAAUAUAAAAUUAUACAUUGUCUUUGAAACACAUACAAUUAUUUUUAACUACCCCAAACCACCAAAGAAUAUUUUUGAAAAUCCGCCACUGGCUCCAUAAUAUAACGGGCGUCGGGCGACCACUAUAUUAUGUCACACGAGUAUUAUAAUAUGUUAUCAUUAUUUUUACUAUUAUUUUAUUGUUGUAUAUCACCCUAGUCUGAUGUUUAUUAUUGUCUUUUGUAUAUUAUUAUCAAAUCGUAUAGUAUGUAAGCGUUAUUUUUAUGACGAUAUAUUUUGGUAUACGCAUCGCGUCGCCUGGCGUGUAAAUAAUUAAUAUCAUUAUCGCGACCGUAAAAUAUGACGUAAAAACGCAUCUUUGUCUACUGAUGGGGACCAUAAUGGUUCCUCCGAAGUAGAUUGAAAAAUUGUCAUUCGUCGGGUGCUCGAUCAUAUUUUCAUAUAAUAUCUUUCCGUCCUCUAAUAUAUUAUAUAUUAUUAUUAUAUACAUGUUAAGCCAAUUCGCCAAAAACUGUGAUAAUUUUUGUAUACUUAAACGUAUAUUGUAUU